UAUUUAUUUUAUCUAGAGAUGCGAAUUAUCUUUACAAUAACAAUUAUAUUUAAAAGAAAAACAAAAGUACAGAAACGUAUAAUAUCAGUCUACUUAUCUACAUUAUAACUUUGACCCAAUCUAACCUUAUUUUUAGGUUAUGCGGGAGAAUCUUAUAAGAUAAUAAGAUUCACAAUUUAAUGUAAUAUCAUUACAUUCUUUUGAAAGAUUUGAUGUAUACAAACGUUUAUUAAUAAUAUAUUUAAAACGUGUUAUUCUUUUAAAUAUAUUUUUUCUAUUAACACAAAGUAUUCUUUAUAUAUAAAAUGAUCAAGUUAAGUUUACGAUUAUCAAAAUUGAAGAUUCAUAUUAAAGAUAAUAUUAAGAUUAAUAAUGUUAGAAAGUAUUCAGAUUUUGUUAAAAUUGUUGAAGUAGGCCCAAGAGAUGGAUUACAAAAUGAAUCAAAGAUUGUAUCAACUAAUACAAAAAUUCAAUUAAUAAAUAAAUUAUCUGAAACAGGUUUGCGUACAAUUGAAACGACAAGUUUUGUAUCACCAAAGUGGAUACCACAAAUGGCAGAUAAUGUUGAAUUAUAUAAACAAAUAAAAAAGAAUCCUGAUGUAUCGUAUCCAGUACUAGUGCCAAAUUUGAAAGGAUUAGACAAUGCAUUGAAAGUAGGUGUUAAGGAAAUAGCAAUUUUUGGAGCAGCGUCAGAAACAUUUACAAAGAAAAACAUUAAUUGUACUAUAGCAGAAAGUGUAACAAAUUUUACAGCAGUGAUCAAACAAGCUAAAGAACAUAAUGUAAAAGUUCGAGGUUAUGUUUCUUGUAUAGUUGGUUGUCCAUAUGAAGGAUACAUUGAACCCAAAGUUGUAGUUAACUUAUCUUCAUUAAUGUUAGAUCUUGGAUGUUAUGAAAUAUCUUUAGGAGAUACAAUUGGUGUAGGAACACCCAAAUAUAUUAAAAAACUUUUGAAAGAGUUACAGAUGAUAUCGUCCAAUGAUGAUAUGUCUAAAUUUGCUUUACAUUGUCACGAUACUUAUGGUCAAGCAAUAGCAAAUAUAUAUGUUGGUCUUGAAAAUGGUAUUAGAGUAUUUGAUUCUUCCAUUGCUGGGCUUGGAGGAUGUCCGUAUGCUGCUGGUGCUUCAGGAAACGUUGCGACUGAGGAUUUGUUGUAUCUUUUACACCAACAAGGCUUAGAAACUGGAGUAAAUGUAAAUAAAAUAGUAGAAAUAGGUAAUUAUAUUUGUAAUGAAUUAGAUAGAAAGAAUCAAUCUAAAGCUGGACUUGCUAUACUUGCCAAAAAAAGUCAUCAAUUUUAAAUAUAUAUAUAUAYACAAACUGUGUUUGUUUGUAUUAUUUAAAUCAUAUUUAUAAGUGCAUUUAAUAAUACCAAUUGU